AUGAUUUCUGUAAAGCUUCUCAUUCUUGCAUUCAUUGCUAUUAUCGCCAAAGUUUCAAGUCUCACCAUCAACACUCCUAACGGCCCUAAAGCAUGCGAAAAGCUUUCCAUUACUUUCGAUGGAGGCUCUGCACCAUACUCGAUUCAAGUCACCGACGGUAUCCCAGCGACAGUUCCUAAAGUUGUCGAUGAGAUCAAAGAUGUUCAAUCCAGCCCACUUGAUUAUGUGAUAACCAGUAAGGAGGAAAAAAUUGGUCUCGUCCUCCACUCAGCUGAUGGCGAAGUUGCAUACAGUGGCAACGUCGACAUGGCAAAGGGCGAUGCAGGGUGCUAGACCAUCAUUGCGAGAAUGGUCCUACUCAUUGUAGUUAGUCUUCAUGCAUCCUUUUCGGACU